AACUCGUUAAACGGGUUUCUUGUAUUAUAAUUUGCACCAAAUGCGGCCCUCGACCAAUGUUUUGUCCAAGUUACCAUGUCGUGCCGUAACCGAAUAGAUCGUGACUCAGCUGGAGCGCCUUCAGUACGCAAGAACUCUAUGACCACCCAUUCGCGUCAUCGCUCUUGCUUUUAUGUGCCAAACUACUUUAGGUAUGAUGGCCGAGGGUAGUACCAAGCGAUCAACAAGGCUGUCCGACUUCCACAAUCAAUCUCCCAUCGUGUAUAUUCUUCCAGAUGAGAUGUUACAUCAUGUAUGCGCCGUACUCGCAACCGACAACCCGCGCCUGCUGCUCCCGGUCUGUCUUGUAGAUCGACGGCUUCAAAGGAUCGCUUCGCCGUUGCUCGUUUACUCGUGGCGUCAUGGCCGUCACACAAACGCCUCCGUCUUCGUACAACAUCUCCAUCACCAUCCAGAAGUGCGUAGAGAGAUAAGACAGCUCAAGCUUCGCUCUGUGAUUACCGAGUAUGUUUGGAAGACACAUCUUCCUCCGAUACAAUCCUGGUCGCGGCCAACCGUAGAUUGGAGUGAGAAGGACCCUGUCGUGGAAGAAGUAUCUAGUUCUCUGAAAGACUCGGACUCUCUAGUACGUCAGCUAUGACUAGGGAUAUCUGGCGCACUGCUCGCGGUACUGCUUCGGUGGGUGACAAAUCUCGAAUCUAUGGAUUUGGCGAUCCCCGCUCAAGUGGUGAACUUGGCAGUCCUCAAAGUCAUCGAUCAAUGUAGUGUAGAGGGGGAUUUCAGCUUGCAGCAAUUUUAGAGGCUCGAGUCAGUGUCGCUGAGCAGCGGGACGAAGGAGACUUUUGCUGAUGGGCGACAAAUUGCCCCCGUCCUUCACUUG